AUGAACAAAUCUAAUUGCAUAGAAAGGCUCACUGUUCAAAUAUAUAGAGCUACUGUUGAUACUGACAGAGUUAGUUCUAGAAUAGCUUCUGCUGUGAAGCACAAAGUACAAAAUCUUAACCUUACACUAGGUCAUGAAAAUAAUAAGUUUAUGUUACCACACAGUUUCUCAGCUUUUGAAUCAUUGAAUGAACUUUGCUUAGGACUUAUGUUUACUCUACAUAUUCCUAGUGAGUUGGAAUGGUACAAUUGUUAUUGGGAGAACAUAAAGCAGAUCAGUGUUGCAAUUUCCACAUUACGGAAGUUGAGAAUCAAAUUUGAGCAUUUUAGUGUUCGUUAUGAUCAUGAUAUGAAACUGCAGAUUGAUGCUGUUAAUCUUUUAUCGUUAAGUUGCAGAUGCAAUCCAACAAUAGAAUUUAUCCCUGUUAACCUUACCUCCGUAGUUGAUGCAUCUAUUGAUCUUGGGGGUCUCUUUCCACCUUAUGAUCUUUAUGCUGCUCAAUGUGUAGUUGAGCUACUGAGUGGACUUAGUAAUGUCAAGUCUCUCAAACUAUCUGCUGCUACUCUUCAGUGUUUUUACCCUAGAAAGGAUACUCUUAAUCUCCUUUCAACAUUUUACAAUUUGACACAUCUUGGUGUGUUUUCUUCGCAUCCCGAGAACACUAGUGAAGUACUAAUGGACAUUCUCCGAAAGACUCCUAAACUGGAAGUUCUUGAGAUUCCUGGGGUGGUACAUAACUACUUGGGUGGUGAAGAUUUGAUGUUGAAUUCAGUGCCUUGCUGUUUCAAAUCUUCUCUCAAUCGACUAUGCAUUUUCAAUUUUUAUGGAGAUGAAUAUGAAAUCAAGUUCCUUACGUUUAUGCUAAAAAAUUGCCAGUAUUUAGGGGACAUCAAGAUACACAGUUCGAGACAUUUAACAGCUGAUGCAGAAAAGUUGGAUGAUGUCCGGAACCAAUUGGAAGAUUUAGGCCCAGAAAGUUGUGUCAUCUGA